AUGGCUGUAUAUAGCAACCUAUCUAAAUUCAACACUCAUAUUCAUAAUAUCUGUCCUCAUUGUAAUUCAGAAGAAGAAACAAUUCACCAUCUCUUAUUUUCCUGUCAGUUCUCAAAGGAUGUUUUUCAAUCAAGUCUGUUGUUCAUCGACAUCCCAGAUGGAAUAAAUUCAAUGCAAAUUAUCCAGCAAUGGCUAGGUCAUGUUGACCAAGGUAUUAUGCUAAAUCUGGUUUCGUGUAUCUUGUGGAACAUGUGGAAGACAAGGAAUGAUUUGAUCUUCAAUAAUACUCUGGCGUUGGUGCCACUUUGUAUUCACAAAUCCUUGCAAGACUUCAAGGUUUUUGAUCUACACCAUGCAUUAAAUUAUUGUGCUUCAGUCUGUAUCAAUCAGAAGAACGCAGUCCUCUGGGGACUUCCUCAACCUUUCUACAUUAAGAUUAAUGUAGAUGCAGCGUAUAACAAUGGUAAAGGUGUUGUUGUUGUAGCAAGAGAUUCGUCAGGAAAUCAAUUGGGAAGUGGUGCUAUUUGCUUUGACUCCUUCUCUUCAACGGUGGCAGAUGCUAAGGCGUAUGCCUUUGGAAUCCAACUGGCCAGAAGACUACAUAUAACCAAAAUCAUUGUUGAAGGGGAUGCUGCGGACAUUCCUAAAGCUAUAAUAGGGAACAUGAACAAAAUACAAUGGAGUAUUCGUUCCACUGUCCUUUCAAUCCAAGACCGCGUCAAGGAAUUCAACGAAGUUAGUUUCACGGCUGUUCCUAGAGAUGCAAAUCAUAUUGCUCAUGACUUAGUUCAAUUUGCAAUAUCAAACUUUAUAAACAGAUGGUGGGUUCAUGAUGAAUCUCCUAAUUGUAUUAUGCAACAUCUGAAUUCUAUUGAGGAUUAA